AUGAAGAACCUUCUCCUAACCGUCUUGCUUCUAGGGCUGGUGGCUAUACUGAAGGCCCAGGAAGUUUCAUCUGAUUACCAGGAGGAGCUUUCUGGGACCUGGUACGUAAAGGCCAUGGUAUGUGAUAAUAACCGCACAGAGGGGAAGGGCCCCAAGAAAGUGUUCCCUAUGACAGUGACAGCCCUGGAAGAAGGGGACUUGGAGGUGGAAAUAACAUUCUGGAAGAAGAAUCAGUGUCACAAGAAGAAAAUUGUAAUGCACAAAACUGAUGAGCCUGGGAAAUACACUGCCUUCAAGGGCAAGAAGGUCAUCUAUAUUCAUGAGCUGCCAGUGAAGGACCACUACAUCUUCUACUGUGAAGGCCGGCUCCAGGGGAAGUUACAUCGCAAGGGGAAACUCGUGGGGAAAAACCCUGAGGACAACCCAGAAGCCAUGGAAGAAUUUAAGAAAUUCAUACAGCGCAAGAAAUUCCCACAGGAAAACAUCUUCGUGCCAGAGCAGAGGG